UGACGCGUCAAAUAAUCUCUCUCUCUCUCUCUCUCUCUCUCUCUCUCUCUCUCUCUCUCUCUCUCUCUCUCUCUCACACACACACACACACACACACACACACACACACACACACACACACUACAUUUUAUUUGAUGUACUGAUUAACAAAUAAAACAUCGAUGUUAUUUAGGAACAAAACCGACAUUUUUUCUGGGACUUUUCUCUUUAACAAAAAGCCUGAAACCGAAACUCCUCCCCUGGCUGUUUGUGCGCAUGCGCGAGUCUCUGCCCAGUCUUCUGGAGUCAGAUGUGUUUUUGUCGUCAGUAUCUUCAUGUGACCAACAGACCGACUACACAGAAUGAGUAAACAAGAACAAAUUGUGAAGGACUUCCUUCUUCCUGAUCUCAGCAAAGAUGGGUCAGAGACUUAUCUCAAGAAGAUCAGAAAUGUUGCUUUAAAACACAGCAAGUCAAUCAUUAAACUGAAAAAAUACAGUGUCAAGGUGGGAUCUUUGGCUGUAACAGCAUAUAAAGAUGAACCUGAGAUGAAAGAGGAGUGGGAGGAGUUCUACCUCCCAGAACACAUGUACAUGGAGGUCAUUGGUGUUGUUGAGGAGUUCUCUGGUCACCUCCCCCGUGAUGGUCUGGUGCUGAUGGUGUGUGAGGAUGGAAAGGUGUUUGCUUAUAACGAUAACACGCUGUAUCACAUCAAUAACAACCUGAAAGAACUUUUUCUACAUGGUUUCGAGUUACCAGGAAUUAAAAGUUACUACCAUGGUCAAAGCUUUGAGGACAUGAAGGAAAAAGAUUGGGACAAGGUAAAGAAAUCCAAAGAAGUGAGAGAGAAGAUGAAGGAUCAUGAGAAGAUGCUGAAGUGUUUGAAGGAUUCGUAUCUCACCAACCUGGACAUCAUCAGUGGGAAAAAGCAAGGAAAGCCGAGCACUUCUGGUGGGAGAGAUAAACCAAUUCCUGUUCUGUAAAACAAAUCCAGAAUAUUUCAGAAUAUUUGCUCUUUUUCUACAUUUUCUUUAAAGAGUAUAAACUCUGUAUGUGAAAGUUUGAAGACUUCUUUUUCUUCCUCUUCUUUUUCUUCCUCUUCUUCUUCUUCUUCUUCUUCUAAAUAAAAAUGUUCAUGUACAUAAA